AGCCAUUAACAACAAGAAGAAGAUAACCGGAAGUAGAAUGUGUUUCAUAGAGAGGCGCUACAGACAGUGUGCGCUGUAGUUAUGCGACUGUAUGUAUCAUACAGUGAAGAUUUACUCAUAUUCACAGUAUCUUCAUUAGUUAUUGUGUAAUGGCGGCAGGAGGAGCGACGCAUGUGGGGGAUGUGGAGGAGGACGCGUCUCAGCUCAUGUUUCCUAAAGAGUUUGAGAACGCAGAGACGCUGCUGAACUCUGAGGUUCACAUGUUGCUGGAGCAUCGCAAGCAGCAGAAUGAAAGCGCGGAGGAUGAGCAGGAGCUGUCAGAGGUCUUCAUGAAGACCCUCAACUACACCGCCAGAUUCAGCCGUUUCAAGAACAGAGAGACCAUCGCCAGUGUGCGCAGCUUACUUCUGCAGAAAAAACUUCACAAGUUUGAAUUGGCAAGUUUAGCAAAUCUGUGUCCUGAGGCUGCAGAAGAGGCCAAAGCCCUCAUCCCAAGCUUGGAAGGCCGGUUUGAGGAUGAGGAGUUACAACAAAUCCUGGAUGACAUUCAGACCAAACGCAGCUUCCAGUAUUGAGCUGCCAACUCUCAUUCAGUCAGAAUGAUGUUCACUUUGCUUUCUCUAAUGGCUCUUUAGAGCAUCAGUUUCCCUGUCCUUUGUAUGUCUUUAUAUAUUGCCACCAUUGUUCAAUUCUGUAGUUGCUUAACAUGCUAUUGUUUCGAGAAAUAAAGUGUUUUUGAUAAAAAUGA